AUGAACUCAUGGAAAUCGGCGAUUUUAUACUACUUGGAAACUUUUCUUAUAGUAAAAGGCCUUGGCAAUCUAAUGUUUCAAUACGCGGCGAUGAUCGCUUUAGCUCAAAAAUAUCAAGCUUUAUUGCCGAUAUCCGAGGAAAAUCUUUUAAGAAGAGCCUUUGAUUUGCAAGCAAUUGAUUGUUGUACGUAUAAAGAUUUAUCGCUAAACUUUUCUUGGGCACAAAAUCUACGAAAAGUUGAGGGUUAUAUGCAGAAUUGGAGAUGGUUUUAUCCUGGAGAAACGGUGAAAGGCGAAAGCUCGCUGAGAUUGGGGCGAGCAGAGAGAGAAUCUGGAAAAGAUCAAAUGGAAAUUGAUUAUCGACUCAAAUUUGCUGAUGAGAUCACUGAUCCAAUCAUCGUUGGGAUUCACGUGAGAAGAGGACUGGAUUUAACGUUUCAUUAUAGAAAUAUGAAACACGGUCACAAAGCGGCUCCUCGAGACUACUACGAGAAAACAAUUCAAUAUUUUCGCGUAGAAAUUUCGGAACAGUUAAUUUUCCUAAUCUCAAGCGAUGAUUUGAAAUGGGCGAAAGAGAAUUUGCAGGAAACGAAGCCAGGUACGAGGCGAAUUCUUCUUCUUCCACGAAACACUGAACGAGAAGUGGGAAUGUCAGUGCUUUCCUCUUGCGAUCAUCUCAUCAUUUCAACCGGCACUUUCUCGUGGUGGGCCGCUUUUCUCGCAGAUGAUGAGAAAAAUGAG